AUGAAGCUUGGCUCUGCAAUCGCGGCUUGUCUCUUUGCCCCCGGGGCGCUAGCCGCAACCGCCUUCGAGACAUUCAACCCCCUCCUCAGGUACAGGCCGCACGCCCAGAAACGAUCAGCUGAAGUACCGCCUGUUGUGAGGCGGCAGACUCCCACCUCGCCGUUUCUCAAUGCCAACACCACGAAGUUCGUCGUCGACGGUGCCGGCAUUCCCGAUGUUGACUUCGACGUGGGCGAGUCCUACGCCGGCACCCUGCCCGUAGGCACCGUCGGAAACAGCACCGACGGCCAGAUGUUCUUCUGGUUCUUCCCCACCGCUGCGGCAGACCAGCCCAAGGAGAUCAUCAUCUGGCUCAACGGAGGUCCCGGGUGUUCGUCCCUCAGCGGGAUGAUCCAGGAGAACGGGCCGUUCCAGUGGCAGAGCGGCACGUUCAAGCCCAACGCCAACCCGUGGUCGUGGCACCAGCUCACCAACGUCGUGUGGGUCGAGCAGCCCAUCGGCACGGGCUUCUCGACCGGCACGGUGACGGCUCAGAACGAGGAUGACGUUGCGCAGCAGUUCAUGGGAUUCUGGAAGAAUUUCGUUGACGCCUUCGGCCUCCAGGGUUACAAGAUCUAUGUAACUGGCGAGUCAUAUGCCGGGGCAUACUGCCCGUUCAUCAGCAGCAACAUGCUUGACGCAAAUGACACGAACUACUUCAACGUCAACGGCAUGCUGAUAUACGACCCAGUAAUUACUGGUGGAUCUGCGGGUAUUGCGCCUACGAACUACUUCGUUGAUUACUGGAGAAACGUCAUGCCGUUCAACGACUCCACUGCCACCAGCAUAGCGAAUGCGUCCAAGACCUGUGGCUUCGACGAGUUUACUGACAAGUAUCUGACAUUUCCCCCAUCAGGACAGCAACCCGAUGUCUGUCAACAGCCGGGAAUAAAUGCGGACUGCACCAACUACAUAGACGGGUGUGAUGUCUUUGACGCCGCUUUUAGUGCUAUCUUUGACAUCAACCCAGGCUUCAAUAUCUACCAAGUCGGCCAGAUCCUACCAGUCCCAGACGACGUCCUGGGCUUCCCCACCUCGGUAACGUACACCGCCCCAGGCCGCCAGAUCUACUUCAACCGGACAGACGUCAAGCAGGCGAUCCACGCGCCCCUGGACGUGAACUGGGCCAUCUGCACCGAGCAGUCCGUCUUCGCGGGCGGCGACAGCUCGGACCCGUCGUCCUACCGCGCGAUCCCCAACGUCAUCGACCGCACCAAGAACGUCCAGAUCGCCCACGGCACCAUGGACAUGGUCCUCCUGGCCAACGGCACGCUGCUGGGCAUCCAGAACAUGACGUGGGGCGGCCAGAUGGGCUUCCAGUCGGAGCCGCGCGAGCCGCUGUUCGCGCCGCACCACCCCAACCCGGACGUCGCGGGCUCGAGCGGCCAGGGCGUCCUGGGGACGUGGCACAGCGAGCGGGGGCUCACGUGGGCGCUCAUCGACCUCACGGGCCACAUGGUCCCGACGUGGCAGGCUGGUGUUGCGUUCCGGCAGAUCGAGGUUCUGCUGGGACGCGUGGAGAACCUCGGGAGCACGGCGGCGUUCCCGAUGUAUGCGAAUGCCACGCAGCCGGAUGCGUCGCAGCUUGGGUUCGGCACGGCGUGGUACGGGUUUGAGGACGCCUCGAGCGGGCUUGGGGAGCAGGCGAGGAUGACGACAGGGCAAACUUCCGGCGCCAUUUCAUCGACAAUUCGAAGAGGCUCCUUCGCGGAUUCCACGAGCAUUGGCGCAGUGUACAUGGUGGCCGGGCUCGUCCUGAGUUUCUUCCUGGUCUCUGGAUUGUAG